AUGCCACCGGGCCCCUCUUCGCAGCUACCUCAUGAGGCGUCACCUGCUGGCCAUGAAACAUCAGCCACCCCAUGCGUGCCACCUGCCGAUGCUCAGGACCUUGAAAUCGUCAAAUCUCAAGUCCUGAUCCUUCUGGAUCAAUGUAAUCGAGCACCGGAUGUCCUCGCCCUCCUGUCCAACCUGCCGGGCCAGGCCGUGGCAGCCAGACCGGACCUCAUCUGCCUCAGGGGCCGGGCCCUUCUGGCGUUGGGCAACAAACCUCUGGCGCUCGCAGCGUACCUGGAGGCCUUGCUGUCCCACCCCACGAAUAUCGACGCCCUCCUCGGCUGCGCCUCGGUGUACACAGCCUCGGCCCUCCUCCUGGAGGCGCUCAAGUGCCUGGAGCGUGCCAGGGGGCUGGCCCCCACCCGCACCGAUGUGUUACAGGCCCUUGCCAAUGUGCUGACGGACCUGGGCACCGCCGAGAAGCUGACCAGGGUGCCCGGCUGGAGGGGCCGGUACGAGGCCGCGCUGGAGGCCUGCCCCUCCCACGCCCAGGCCCACUACAACCUGGGUGUAGCGGCAGGGGAGGAGGGGCGGGCGGAGGAGGCGGCCGCGCACUACCGCGACGCCGUCCGCGCCGCGCCCGCCUGCGCCGAGGCCUGGUGCAACCUGGGCGUCGUGCUGCGCAGCCAGGCGAGCUGCUGUGGUCUGUGUUGUUAUCGGUCUUUGUAUGGCAAGCUGGAGGAGGCGGUGGCCGCCUACGAGCACGCCCUGGCCGUUGCGCCGAAUCACGACAUCGUGCGCGUCAACCUGGCGGUGGCGCUGUCCGAGCGCGGCUCCGUCGUGAAGCUGCAGGGCAAGCAGGAGGAGGCCGUGGCCCUGUACGAGCGCGCGUUGGGCCUGUAUCCGCUGCACGGCGAGUCGAUGUACAACCUGGGCGUUGCGGCCAUGGAGGCCGGGCAGAUGCACCGCGCCAUCUUCAUGUACGAGUCGGCGGUGCGGGUGCUCCCUGCCUGCGCCGAGGCACACAAUAACCUGGGAGUGGUGUACAGGGAGAUGGGCAACAUCGACCGGGCGGUGACCUGCUACCUGGCGGCCCUGAAUGCCCGGCCCAACUUCCCUCAGGGUUUGAACAACCUUGCGGUGGUGUACACGGCCCGGGGACAAUCUGAGGAGGCCCUGCAGCUCCUGCUCUCCGCCCUGAGCCUGGCGCCGGAGUAUGCAGAGGCCUGGAACAACAUAGGAGUGCUGCAGAGGGACGUGGGCGCAUCUGUGGAGGCCAUUUCAUCAUACGAGAAAUGCCUGGCCCUGGAUCCUGACAACCGGAACGCGGGCCAAAAUCGGCUGCUGUCGCUCAACUAUGUCUAUCACGGUGAGACGGACCUCAUCUGCGAUGCCCACCGAGAUUGGGGUCAGAGCUUCCAGAGGCUGCACCCACGCCUGCCGCCUCGGGUGAGGGACAAGGCCGAUGAAGCUUCCGGACGCAAACUUCGGGUCGGCUACAUCUCACCGGACCUCUUCACACACAGCGUCUCCUACUUUGCCGAGGCUCCGCUCACACACCACAACACCGCCACUGUGGAGCUCUUUGUAUACAACUGCUGCCUUAAGGGUGACGCCAAGACGGAGCGUCUCAAAGGGGUGGUGACGUCGAAGCCAGGGAUUGACGUGCUGGUGGAGCUGACGGGGCACACUGCAAACAACCGUCUGGGGACCAUGGCUGCCUGUCCGUCCCCCGUGCAAGUGACAUGGAUUGGCUAUCCCAACAGCACUGGGCUGGAGGCAGUGCAGUAUAGGAUCACUGACAGCAUCUGCGACCCCCUAGACACAACCCAGCGUUUCACAGAGCAACUGGUCCGCCUGCCUGGCUGCUUCCUGUGUUACACACCGGCCCAGGACCUGCCGGACGUGGCGCCCUGCCCCGCGGCCUCCCGGGGUUACGUCACCUUUGGCUCCUUCAACGCCCUGGCCAAGCAGAUGCCGGGGGUGCUGCAGACCUGGGCCCGCAUCCUGCGCGCCGUGCCCUCAGCGCGUCUUGUCCUGAAGAACAAGCCCUUUGCCUGCGACCCCGUGCGCCAACGAUACUGGCAGCUGUUCGAGGGGCUGGGUGUCAAGCGCCACAGGGUGGACCUCCUUCCCCUGGCCAUCAGCAACCGGGAUCACAUGGCGCAGUACGGCCUCGUGGACAUCGGCCUGGACCCCUGGCCCUAUGCUGGGACCACCACCACCGCCGAGGCCCUCGUCAUGGGCGUGCCCUGCCUGACCCUGGCCGGCAGGUGCCACGCGCACAACGUGGGCGUCAGCCUGCUCACCGCCGUCGGCCUCCAGGAGGAAUGGGUGGCGCACGACCUAGACGCCUAUGUCGCAGCGGCCGUGCGGGCCGCCGGCGACGUGCCCGGGCUGUGCGAGCUGCGCUCUGGGCUGCGCGGCCGCGUGCUCGGGUCCGCGUUGUGUGACGGCCCGGCCUUCGUCCAGGGGCUGGAGGUGGUCUUCCGCGGGCUGUGGCAGGCAUGGUCGGUAGAGGGUAAACGCACCUCCUGA